CGUCUUCCUCGUCGUCUUGCAAGUCUGCUUCCACCUCUCUUCCAUCUCCGAAUUCCUUCCCCCCGCCGCUCGCCGGAGCGGGGAACGUGGUGUUUCCGCCGGCGGUUUACCCCAAUCGGGAGUCCUCCCCCAAUCCGGGUGGACUUCGAGUUUCGAGUCGGAAUCUCGCAAGAACAGUCCGUCCCGGACUCCUCCCCCCCAUCGGAUCGGCCAGAAAAAUCCAUCGGAGUCAGUUCCUUCCCCCCGUGCGAAUCUGACGGGGGCGCAACUCGUCGCGGAUUUCUCCCUGUUCCCCCCCCACCUCCGGCGAUGGCCGCGGUCGCCGCCGAGCAGAAGAAAGUCGUGGUGCACUUCCGGUCGACGGGCAACGCGCCGCAGCUGAAGCAGUCCAAGUUCAAGAUUGGUGGAAACGAGAAAUUUCUGAAGAUCAUUGACUUUCUUCGCCGACAAAUUCACCAGGAUACAGUGUUUCUCUAUGUGAACAGUGCAUUUUCACCAAAUCCAGAUGAGUUGAUAAUCGACCUAUACAAUAACUUUGGAAUCGACGGGCAACUGGUGGUUAACUAUGCAUCAUCGAUGGCAUGGGGCUGAAAGGCUGUACCUGCUGGAGAGAGGAAACUUCAAUCAACAUGGAAAAACCUGUGUACAAAAUUUACUUGCCGAAACACUCAUCAUGUAAAUUGCUGAGAAUUUAACUUCAAAGCGAAGCUCUUUCGAAUUAUUAUUCGGUACACGUUGAUGUCAGUAGCAGCAGCUGCAAUUUUCACGGGGCUUUCAGCCCCACUGUAAAACUGAGACAUCCUUCAUUAAACGCCCCAGUGCUUCAGACAUCGAAGAGCAUCUUUCAGUUGUGUUAUGUACUAGAGUACUUUCUGUAUGUUCAUCAACUGCUGCUAAUAUACUCUCCUUCUACAGCGAGAUGCUUGCUUUGAA